GGUGAACCACCCGUAGCCUUACCGCCCGGUGUUCACGUUCACAAAACACUCAGUUGUCAGUUGUUGUUUGCGGGCCGAAGACCAACGGUUGGCGGCGUAUGUUGUUCAAUUUCAAAUAUCAGAGCCAGUGCGAUUUGAGUCUCGAGCGCGUUCUUUAGAUAGAAUAAUGUUCCGAGAUAAAAUAAAGGGAUAAAAAGUUUUUAAUCAGUUAUUUGUGAGACUGUAAUGGACUAAUUAAAAUAUACAUUUUUGCCUUACUAAAUGAAGGAUCCAUAAGGAAGCUAGUAGCAACACAAAAUAGAAUCUCUUAGUGACAAUCUGUGAUAUAGAAAUCCAUAACCAUGGAGAGUGCAAUAAAAAGUAGUGACAAUAGUGAUCUAAUUGUAGCCAAAACAGUAGCAAUGCUGGUAUUAGGCUUAGCUUCUUUUUGCUUAGGAUUAUUACCGAUAAAACUAACAAAAGUGAUAUCUAUUAAAACGGUAAAUGGCGACAAAAACUUAACCAUCUCGUUGUUGUUAUGUUUUGGUGGCGGUGUGUUACUUUUCACGACGUUUCUGCAUCUACAGCCAGAAGUGCGACAAGGAUUCCAGCACCUAGAAAGAGCUGGAUACGUCUCGACCAUAGGUCCGGGUAUUCCUCUAGCUGAGCUAGUAUUUUGUGUAGGAUUUUUCUUUGUAUAUCUCAUAGAAGAAAUUGUACAUUUGUAUUUAGAUAGAAGGCAUAGUCAUAUUAAUAAUAACAAUGCUUUACAUAAAUCGUUAGCGGUUAGAAAAAGUUCCAAACAAGAAGUAACCAUACCAAGAGUGUCCUUGAUAAAAAUAGACGACGGUAACAUCAGCUGCAUCAGCACGUCCAACAAAGACUUACUUAACUCACAAAUCACAGUUAACCUCGAAAAGGCUCAACCUGAGUUUCACCAACACAAUCAUCAUCAACAUAAUCAUUUCGACGAUACCAGUAAAGCCUCGUUUGGAGGAUUCUUGGUUGUGAUAGCUCUAAGCUUCCAUGCUAUCUUCGAAGGGUUAGCUGUUGGCCUGGAAGGGAGUGUGGAAAAAGUGUGGUAUCUGUUUGCUGCCAUCGCUACUCAUAAGUUAGUUAUAGCGUUUUGUGUUGGGAUGGAGUUGGUGACGUCUCAAACACGGACUUUGUUAGUAUUUCUUUAUAUUGGGACUUUCGCCGUUGUGACGCCAUUGGGUAUUGGCGCUGGAAUAAUUCUCAGUGAAAAAGACAGUACGGAAGAUGUGACGUCAAUUGUACUUCAAGGUAUGGCAGCUGGAACUCUGCUUUAUGUUGUAUUUUUUGAAGUUCUUGCAAGGGAAAAGAACAACAAUCAUAGCGGAUUUUGGCAACUGCUUGCCAUAUGGGCUGGUUUUGCCUGCAUGUUUGUCUUACAAGUGAUGAUUGGCCACGGUCACGACCACAACCACGAACAUAAAGACCAUCAUCACAGGACGACCCAUCAGGAGUCUCAGUAUUCGUUUCAAGAUACCGCCAUAUUAACGACAGUCCCAAAUAUUUAACAAUUUCAAGAAUCCAAGGACGAAAGCCGUUUAAAAUGUUUCUCGAUGAUGAUCUGAUUCAGUUUUACGUAUCUAUAGCUAUACAAUGUAUAAUGAUAUAUUUAUUUCGUAUAACUUAACAUUCGGACAAUAUUAAAUACUAAAUUCAGUUUAUUUACAAAAGUUUUUAUAGAAAUAAACAGAAACAAAUAGAAAAACUGAAGGUUCAGUAAAGUCCUUUUAUUCAACUUACUAUGGUUUAUUUUUUAACCAAGAGGAGUAAACUAAAAAGACAGAUUUACACCCAAGAAAGUCACUAGAAAAGUCACCAAAUACAUCUUCUUUUUUGGUUGAUCAUAUCUCAUGUCGGCCCUCAACGGUAAUCCAUAAAUAUAUUAUAUUAAUACGUCGCUAAAGAGUUCUAAAAACAAUCACUCCUCCUGGUUUAAAAACAAAUAACGUAUAGUCCGUCCGCUAUAACUUUUCCCAUGCGGUACGAUUCAUUUUCAAUCAAAUUAAGUCAAAACAUAAAUUGAAACGAACGUCGAUGGGUAUAUACAUUUUGUAUACUGUAUACUAUAUACUACACACAUCGGCGUACGUUUCACUUUCUGUUUUGACUUAAUUUGAUUGAAAAUGAAUCGUACCGCAUGGGAAAAGUUAUAGCGGACGGACUAUAGUAGUCAUUGUAAAUAAAGAUAUUAAACACAGUUUAACACAGUGCAUAACAGACAGUCUUCUUCAUGAUGUGCCUGUUCGUGACAGAUGUUGGCAACCAAUCGACGAAUCAUGGCAAUCUUUUUAUUAUCUGCAGUAGCGCGGAAAAGCUGCAGAGAUGUUGUGUUGAACCAUGUUCUGAGGUUCUUUAACCAGGAAUGCCUUCGUCUUCCUGGACCUCGUGUUCGAAAUAUUUUUCCUUGCAGGAUGGCUUGUAGAAGGGCAUAUCUGGAUUCAUUUCGCAUAAUGUGUGCGAAGUAUUGUAUCUUUCGAGAUUUGAUGGUGGUUAAUACCUUUCGGUUCUUCUUCAUUCUUCAUUAUUCCAAAGCCCUCCUUUUGUGACUUGGGAUCCACAGGAUCUUAAGUAUUCUCCGAUAUAACCUUCUGCUCGGAUCUUCGUUCAAGGUCCACGAUUCAACACCAAAGGACAGAGAAGAUGUAGCUUCACAUCAUUCUUACUUUUAUACCAAGAAAGAGAUUGUAGCUCUUGAAGAAGACCCUCACCCGAUUAAAGGUGGAUCUAGCUUGACCUUCUACUAUCUUUUUGUUGCUAAUUAUCAAGAGCUUGGAUUAUCAGAAAACUUUUUACCUUCUUGUUAAGUUAAUCUAAUGACAAUCUUAAUAGUUUUCUUUUCAAUGCAGGUAAUUACAUGUAGAGAGAUAGGUCAAAAAUCGGACAAGAACUGUUUAAUAUAGGUAGGUAUAUAUGUAUAUCAAAAUUAAAAAAAAAACUUAUUGAUUUUAACUAUACAUAUAAGAAAAUGGUCUUGAUGACCACCCUUGCAACCCUUGCAACCAACUAGACUUUAAUAAAGUGUCUCUGAUAGCGACUUUUGUCUUGGAUUAUGACUAUCAAGAAAUUAUUCUAUGCUUCUUUUGGUUCUAAUGACACUCAUCAAGAUUUAAAAGAAGUAUUGUGUAAAAAAAUUUGUUGUUGUUGCAAAUAUACUUUUGAAAUACUUAAUAAUAAAAUUUCUACAACAGAAAAAUGGCCUAAAUCAGAUACGUAAUAGAUAUGUCCCCUGUUAAUUUUUAAGUAUUUAAUUUAAUUAUAAAAAUUAAGAAAGUACGAAUACAAAUUUAUACAAAUUUGUAUAAUAUUGUGAUAUAACAAAAUGUUAAUAAUGUAAUUUUAAAUAAAGUUUAAUUUUUUUAA